AUGGUUUCCAAAUCCACGCCCAUUGCCAUCGUCGGAGGCGGUGCCUUCGGCCUCUCGACAGCCCUCCAUCUGGUGCGGGAUGGCUAUAACAACAUCUCCGUCUUUGAACAAGAUGACCAGAUCCCUCCUCGCCCCUCCGCUGCCAAUGACCUGAACAAGAUUGUGCGCGCCGAGUAUGAAGAUCCGUUCUACACGGACUUGACCAUGGUUGCGAUCGCCCUGUGGAAAACUCCCCUCUUCGCCCCACACUUCCACCAGACAGGUUUCCUCCACUGUGUCUCGGGGACGGCCCCCGAGAGAGCGGUUGACACGCUCAAACGGUUCCAAGCGGCCGCCAACGACCAUCCCGAGCUCAGACAACAUGUCGUGCCCCUCGAGAAAGAUAAUGACAUCCGACAACGGUUCUGGCAGUAUGACGGCCAGUUCCCCGGCUGGAAUGGAUACCUCAAUACGUUUGAUGGCUACGCGCAUUCCGGAAAUGCCUUGAAGGCUGUCUACCAGGCGACCCAGCAGGCGGGUGUCCGCUUCUUCCUGGGCGCGCAGCAUGGCGCCGUCGCCGAAGUGACCUACAAGGAUGGCAAGAGCACGGGCAUCCGAACGAAGAACGGACAGUUCCACCCCGCCGAGCUUGUGAUCGUCGCGGCCGGAGCUGCAGCCGCCAAACUCGUGCCGGCCAUCGGGUCUCAGGUCGUGGCCAAGUCGUGGUCGGUCGCCCACGUUCACCUCACCGAGGAGGAGACGUCCGCGCUACGAGGCAUCCCCAUCACCUACGCGCGCGAUCUGGGAUUCUUCUUUGAGCCGGAUCCCGUCACCCGCCUCUUGAAGUUGUGCCCCAUGGGUGGUGGAUACGUCAACACGGAUCCCGCCACCGGUGUCUCGCACGCUCCCUCCGUCUCGGAUAGCGCAUUCGUGCCCCCCGAGGAUGAAGCCAAGAUCCGCCAACUGCUGGCCCACACACUCCCCACAUUGGCCAACCGACCACUGGUGCGGAAGUCCCUGUGUUGGUUCGCGGACACGAGUGACUCGGACUUUAUCAUUGACUACGUUCCGAAUACCUCGAACUCGGUGGUGCUGCUGUCCGGUGACUCCGGACAUGGUUUCAAGAUGUUCCCUCUGUUCGGCAGCUGGGUGAAGACCUUCCUCGAGGCCCCCAACAAGCAACAGCCCGUGCCGCGCUGGCGCUGGAAGGAGCCCCAGCAAAAUGGUGAUGGCAAAUGGGGCGAUGCAGUCAGUUGGCGCAUCGGGCAGACCAGGGAAUUCAAAGAUAUUCAACCUGGCAAGCCGAAGCUUUGA